UCGGGCCAGCGCCCCUAGCUCCGCCCCCGCUACGCCCACCUUCUUGGCUUCUGCCUCCUGGCCCUCCCCAGCUUGAGCGAGACUAACAGAGGACGCAGCUUGCGCCUAAAGUAGCUCGACCCAGAACGAAACCGAGUGGCUUGAGAACGUGGAAGGAAACUGUGUGCGGCUGCGCUUUUGUGCUCUGGAGCCAUUCUAGAUGCGGGAAAAAAUGCUUUCUGAAAGUAGCUCAUUUUUGAAAGGAGUGAUGCUUGGAAGCAUUUUCUGUGCUUUUACCACUAUGCUAGGACAUGUUGGAAUUGGUCUUGGAAAUAGAAUGCACCACCAUGAGCAUCAUCAUCUACAAGCUCCUAACAAAGAAGAUAUCUUGAAAAUUUCAGAGAAUGAACGCAUGGAACUCAGUAAGAGCUUUCGGGUGUACUGUAUCAUCCUUGUAAAACCUAAAGAUGUGAGUCUUUGGGCUGCAGUAAAGGAGACUUGGACCAAACACUGUGACAAAGCGGAGUUCUUCAGUUCUGAAAAUGUUAAAGUGUUUGAGUCAAUUAAUAUGGAAACAAAUGACUUGUGGUUAAUGAUGAGAAAAGCUUAUAAAUAUGCUUUUGAUAAAUACAGCAACCAAUACAACUGGUUUUUCCUUGCACGCCCCACUACAUUUGCUAUUAUUGAAAACCUUAAGUAUUUUUUGUUAAAAAAGGAUCCAUCACAGCCUUUUUAUCUAGGCCAUACUAUAAAAUCUGGAGACUUUGAGUAUGUGAGUGUGGAAGGAGGAAUUGUCUUGAGUAUAGAAUCAAUGAAAAGACUGAACAGCCUUCUAGGAAUCCCUGAGAAGUGUCCUGAACAGGGAGGGAUGAUUUGGAAGAUAUCAGAAGAUAAGCAGUUAGCAAUAUGCCUAAAAUAUGCUGGAGUAUUUGCAGAAAAUGCAGAAGAUGCUGAUGGAAAAGAUGUAUUUAACACCAAAUCUGUUGGGGUUUUUAUUAAGGAGGCAAUGACUAAUCACCCUAACCAGGUAGUAGAGGGAUGCUGUUCAGAUACAGCUGUUACUUUUAACGGACUGACUCCUAAUCAGAUGCAUGUGAUGAUGUAUGGUGUAUACCGUCUUAGGGCAUUUGGUCAUAUUUUCAAUGAUGCCUUGGUUUUCUUACCUCCAAAUGGUUCUGACAAUGACUGAGAAAUGAACAACAGCAUGUGUAUAAUUACCACAUAGGACAUGUAUUGUUAAUGUUUGUAGUAAUGACUACAUAUCCAACACAACAGUGUGUUUCUUUUCCUCUUUUAUUUGGUGGCACUGGUUUAACACAAAUUAAAGUUUAGUAGUAUAUUUUUCAA